AUGGGUGGUGGCCGGGUGGAAAAUGACCACCCCUUCUAUUGCCUUCCCCAGUCGGCCUUCCCGCCGCGCUAUUCGCAGAGUGGCUGCGAGUUCAUCGAACAGUACUCCCAAUCAUCCUGCUACGCCAAGCCGGCCCCCAUGAACCUUUCCCACUCGAUGCGGUCCGGUCGGGACAUGGCUGCCGCCCAUUCGCUGAAUCAGUCCAUGUUCGGUCUGCCCCCGGCCAAUGUCCUCCCCCCCAUCCGCAGCAACGUGCAGUUGCCGCCCAUGGACAGCGCCAUCCCCCCGCAGUACCGCCGCCACGACCGGCUGAGCCAACCCGAUCAGCAGCAACAGCAGCAGCAGCCUGCCCCCCGCAAGGAGGAGAAGGCAACGGGUGGUGUUGCCGCCCACCUGGAUUACGAGAUGGAUCAGAUGUCCGACUUCGUGGCGGAGAUGGCCCAGGGAAUGUAUGCUUUGUACAUCAACCAGAUCACCAUUGCAGAUAUUGACUUCGCGCGAAGCGUCUACCCAGGAUCGUCGGUCCCCCCCCAGUUUCGCAAAUACGUUUGGCAGAUCUUGUCGUCCACGCGCCUGCCCAGCUCCACCAUCCUCCUGGGCCUCUACUACCUCGCCACCCGCAUGCGCAUGCUAUCCGCCGCCAAGGUCUACGCCGCCGGCAGUGGCCAGGUCUAUCGCAUGCUCACCGUCGCCCUGCUCCUCGGCUCUAAGUUCCUGGACGACAACACCUUCCAGAACAAGUCGUGGGCCGAGGUCAGCAACAUCCCCGUCGGCGAGUUGAACACCAUCGAGCUCGAGUGGCUCUUCGCCUUCGACUGGAAGAUCCACGACCGCAUCCACGACCCUCAGGACGGCUUCGGCACCUGGCUCGCGCACUGGGAGACCUGGCGUGCCAAGUCCAACCGCGCCCAGGAGGCCCGCCAGACCCUGGCCCCCAUCGACACCAACCUGUCCCGCGGGUCCCGCGUCUCGAAGCCGCUCAUGUCCCCCGAGGGGCCCAUCCCGCCGCAGUACCAGCGGAGCGCCCAAUACGAGACCUCGUGGCUCAACCCGGCCGCCUCCGAGUAUUCGCCCCCGUCCGCCCCCCAGAGCGGUCCGACCACCCCCGACUACUACCCGGUCGGCCCCUGGGGCGCCUACUCGAACCCGCCGCCGCCCUACUCGCGGUCUUGGGUGCCGCCCCAGUCGUACAUCCCGCCGCCGCGGUCUCAGCCUCCGUCUUACCACCACACCCCGGUCUAUGCCCUGCCCUUCGCCCAAAGCGUGUGGACGGGUCAUGGAUCCUCGUGUGGGUGUCUCUACUGUGCCAAGCACAUGGAGCACUACAUGUGUGGCGGCGCGUUUGGCGCGAUGCAACCCAUCAUGGCGGCCUGAUCUUUUUUUUUUAUUUUUUUUUAUUUUUUUUUAUUUUUCGCGACCAUGCGUUUGAUUCUUGAUAUGUUCAUGAUACCGUUCCCGUUAUUUUUAUUUUUAUUUUUUUUCUUUCGCUUUGUUUCGUUCCCCUGCGAUGAUAACCCUGUUUUACUGUCGGUUUCGGUUCCUGUACCUCACUCAAAAGUCUCGUCCAGCGUUCUGUCUUGAACUGCCCCAAAAGCAAAAACCAGAAAAAAAAAGGUGGCUCGCAAAGUGACAUGGAGACGAUGCCCGUCACGCAUGCCCUUAGGAUCUGGGUUUAUUUGGACGCAUCGUCCCAGUCCUCCAGGCACCCUUUGGCCUUUUGCCCGCUGGAGUGAGAAGUCAC